UGGUUUUGAGUUUCAAAAAAAUAAUGAAAAAGGAAUUUCGAAUAAAACUUCUUUUUGAUAAAAAUUAGAAAAAGUUCAAAUUUCUAAACAUAUAAUUUAAAAUUAUUAAAAAAAUAUUUUAUUUUUAUUAUUAUCUAUAAAACAAGGGAUAGAAGGACCCUUUGAUAAUUUAUUUAGUUUCUUUGGAUGAUGAGACAAAAAUGGGAAGAAGAAGAUGUAAAUAUUUGAAAAAAAAUAUUUGGUAUUUAUAAUACCAAACAAGAGAGAAUACAAUCAACAAAUUUUUGUUUGGCAUAGUUGCUAAAGGAUCUGAUGUAUUAUUGGUCAGACCUAGAAUCGAGUCUCCCCAACCUCCUUUUAUAAAAUUAUGUUUUUAUUAAUUACUAAUUAUUUUCUUCGGACAAGGUUGGCUCAGCACUCUAGAAAGAUUUGAUAGCUUGAUGGGGACAAGGAAUGGACUAGUCUCUCUCUUCUUCAUGCGGAGACAAAAGCGCUACUUUAGGCAAUAGAAUGUAUGAGGAACUUACGUCAGUUUCAGGUUACGUUUGCAAUGGAUUGUUCUCAAUUGGUGAAGAUGGUUUCGGAACUAGAAGAAUGGCCAGCUUUUGCAAGUUAUUUGGAAGAUAUUAAGAUUCUGAAAGAAAGUUUCCUCCAAUCAUAAAUCAUCUAUGUACCAAGGACGCAAAUUCAAGGGCAGAUAGCCUAGCAUGCAGUAUUAGAAAGCAACCGUCUUUCAUCGUUCACAUUGAUGCAGAUCUCCCGGUUUGGUUCACAGAGUCAGUAUGAGUCAUGUAUAGAUUGAUAACAAAAAAAAUAUUAAUUACUAAUUAUUUAAAAUAUAAAAUAUAAAAAGCCAUGUAAUAUCUUCUAUAAACACCGAAUCAAUAUGUACCAAGUGUAUGUACUGAUCGAUAACGCGACACUCUGUAUGAAUCGGCCGAUUUGCCAAGAAACUCUUGGCAAAGAAGCUACUAAGGGCCAUGUUAGAAGUCGACAGUCAGCAGCAGAACGAAUCUUAUCAGCGCCUCCGUACUCUGGUAACCUAUAUUUGAAUCAUAUCUCAGCGCAGCUCAUGGUUAGCUACCGGUCCCUGGAUUGGAUAUGAAAUGAUAUUUACCAACGCAGGUUGAAGCUGAGAGAUCAUAUCAUCGUAAUGCUCUUGAUAUCCUCGAUCAGUUACAUUCCAAGGUCAGUAAGUCUCUCUAUGAUAAACUUCUGAUGAUGACUACAUAGAAAGAUAGUCACUUGAUCUGGUUGUCCUCUUGUUCAGAUGGUUGCUGAGGAAGAAGCUACAGAAUCAUCACCAAAGUCACUACCUCUAUAUUUAGAGGAUGCUGUAUCUCAUCCCCAAGAAGAAACCAAUUCCAACCACAGGGGAGAGAUCAAAUCUAUUCACAUAGAGGACACCGAGUGUAGUCACCAAGAAGUAACCAAACUCAAUUCCAAGAACGAAACCAAGUCUUCUAGUCCACAAGAAGAGUACAUCUUCCCUUUAAACAAUUCAAAACAGAGAAAGUCCUCGAUCCAACAAUCUUGUUGGUGUUUAAUAAAACAAAGAUCAGGUGGCUGGGACAGGCUGGUCGGAAGGAGAAUACAAGGGCAAAGCAGUCUGCAUACGUGGAGAAACAAGGGAAAGCUCCUGCAAGCAAAAUAGUGGAGGCAAACAUGAUCUCUUUCUUUAGCAUAAACAGUGUACACAUAAAGAUAUGUUUGAUGUUUCCACGAGUAAAUAUGAUCUGUGUAAGAUAUAUCAUAUAUGUUUUUCUUCCUUCUUAUAUGUAAUCAUCAUAAGUUGAGUCGUUUUCUCCACGCAGUGUUUGAUGGGUCCUCAGUAAUAUUCACACUGAACAUGAUACCGAAUCAAGUUUACAAACUUAAGACUCUGUUUCUGGGUUUCGGUAACAAAGGGUAUAAUACGCAGAAGAAGGUCAGUUUCCUACAAAGUUGACAACUUUCCCUUUUUAAAUUACAGAAACAGAGGACGGACCCAUCAAACAAAUCAUUAAAGUAGACUAUAAUCUUUCUCUCAGUUGUGUCUGAAGCUCUAACGUGAAAUGGGUUCGGUACAAGCCCCAUCAUCUUCAGCCGAGACCAAAAGCUUCACGAAAGUUUUGGCUUUGUUCGGUGAAUUGCGAGGACGAGGCUCGUCUCCGGAUAAUUUCACCUUACCCGUUGUUCUGAAAUCAAUCGGACGUUUGAGGAAUGUUACAGAAGGUGAGAAACUCCAUGGCUACGCUGUGAAAGCUGGGCUUAAGUUCGAUUCUUACGUAUGUAAUUCACUCAUGGGAAUGUACGCUGCACUGGGUAAGAUGGAGAUCACUCAUAAACUGUUCGACGAAACGCCUGAACGAGAUGUUGUUUCUUGGAACGGGUUGAUUUCUAGUUACGCUGGACACGGGAGCUUUGAUGACGCCAUUACUGUUUUCAAACGGAUGAGUAAAGAGAGUAACUUGAAGCCUGAUGAAAGUACGAUUGUGAGCACUCUCUCAGCUUGUUCUGCUUUGAAGAAUCUGGAGGUCGGUGAAGGUAUCCACAGCUAUGUUGUUGUCACAGAGUUUGAAAUGAGUGUUAAGAUUGGGAACGCGUUGGUGGAUAUGUUCUGUAAAUGCGGGUGUCUCGAUAAGGCUAGAGCGGUUUUCGACUCGAUGAGAAACAGAAAUGUCAACUGUUGGACUAGCUUGGUUACUGGGUAUGUUGGUAACGGUAGGAUUGACGAGGGUAGAGAGUUGUUUGAGAGAAGUCCCGUGAAAGAUGUUGUUUUGUGGACAGCUAUGAUGAAUGGGUAUGUACAGUUUAACCGGUUUGACGAGGCGUUGGAACUGUUCAGGUGCAUGCAAACCGAUGGUAAUAGGCCUGAUAACUUCGUGCUAGUCUCUCUCUUGAAAGGCUGUGCGCAAACGGGGGCACUAGAGCAAGGGAAGUGGAUCCAUGGGUACAUAGAUGAGAACAGAGUUACGGUGGAUAGAGUAGUUGGUACUGCUCUUGUGGACAUGUACGCAAAAUGUGGGUGCAUAGAGUCAGCUCUGGAGGUUUUCUAUGAGACGAAGGAGAGAGACACUGCUUCUUGGACAUCGCUUAUCUACGGCCUUACCAUGAACGGGAUGUCAGGGAGAGCGAUGGACUUGUAUUACGAGAUGGAGAGCGUUGGUGUCAGGUUGGAUGAUAUAACCUUUGUAGCGGUUUUAACAGCUUGUAAUCACUGUGGAUUUGUAGAAGAAGGACGUAGGGUUUUUUACUCGAUGACCAAAGUACAUAAGAUACAGCCUAAAGCAGAGCAUUACAGCUGUCUGAUUGACCUACUGUCCAGAGCUGGCUUGUUAGAAGAAGCAGAGGAAGUGAUAGAUGAGAUGAGAAAUGAAAGCGAUGAAAGUCUAGUUCCUUUGUACUGUUCUCUGCUAAGCGCUGCUCGGAACUAUGGGCAUUUAGAGUUAGCUGAACGGGUAGCGGAGAAGCUCGAGAAAGUGGAAGUUAGUGAUUCAAGUGCACACACUAUGCUUGCGAGUGUGUAUGCAUCUGCCAAUAAAUGGGAAGAUGUGACGAGUGUGAGAAGGAAAAUGAAAGAUUUGGGAAUCACAAAGUUUCCUGGAUGCAGUUCUGUCGAGAUUGAUGGUAUUCAAAUUGAGCUUCAGUAAGACUGUUUCUUGCUUUAAGGGAACAUAAAUAAAAGUCGCUAGGACAAGGAGUCAUUACUUGUGAUUCAAGGAACCGGACAACCAAUGCAUCAUGAGACGGUCUUCUAGACUUGAAGACACUGAUUAUCAACUUUAGCUGCAAAGAAUAUUUAACUAAUGCUUUCUUUUAGUCAAGACUUCUGGGACCAACACGAAACUGUAUUUUCUUCUACACUUAUGCUUCCUUGCACAUCUUCUCCUAAUCCAUACCUCUACGUCCUUGACUAGUUAA